CGCCGGGAGCACUGGCAGCUCCGGGAGCCGAGCGCCGAGCGCGGGGCGCCGCGGGGGCCGGGGCCGGCAUGGCGUGGCCCUGCAUCAGCCGCCUCUGCUGCCUGGCGCGGCGCUGGAACCAGCUGGACCGCUCCGACGUGGCGGUGCCCCUGACCCUGCACAGCUACUCGGACCUCGAGAAUGAUGAGCCGGGCCCGGGCGGCGCCGCCUCGCGCAGGGGCCCGGCCCCCGCAGGCACCCGGGACCCCGGCCGGGACGUGCCGCUUACUCAGUACCAGCGCGACUUCGGCGUGUGCACGGUGCCCGCGGGGCCCAGAGAUGCGCCCCAGGGGCGCGGGGCGGGGGCCGGCGGCCGCAGGGACAAACAUCCCGCGCCCCCCACGCCUGGCGGCAGGGGGAUUUACGUGCUCCCCAUCGGCGACGCGGACGCGGCUGCAGCAGCGACCACUUCCUACAGACAGGAAUUCCAGGCGUGGACUGGAGCAAAGCCCUCGAGAUCCACAAAGGCAAAACCAGCCACUGUCAUCACAACCCACAGCUCCGGCUGGGACAGCAGCCCUGGGGACAGCUUCCAGGUCCCAGAGGUGAGGAAGAAGUUCACACCUAACCCCUCGGCCAUCUUUCAGGCUUCAGCUCCUCGGAUUCUCAAUGUGUGACUGCCCAUGCCUUGGAGGGUGGCAGCAACCAUGGCUGUGGAGAGAAGAGCGCUGAAGAGUGCAGUCACACCCUCUGCCACCAGGCUUGGGCCUUUCUUCAGCCACCAGGGGCUGGGAUGAUUUUCUGGUACUGACCUUGUGCUGUCAGAGGAGAGGAAAGGGGCUCUUCCUCCUCACUGUGGGGAACGACCCCAAGCUCACUGUGACCAACUCCUCUCCACGCUGCCACCCAGGGCAGCCAGGCCUGGCUCUGAGCAGCGGAGGCACAGAAACAGGACCCAGCUCAACUCUGGGCCUCACCAUCAUCUUCCCAGAGAAUUUUGUGGACAGCUUCAGAUCAUUCUUCAGGAGUCCAUUUUGGCCACCCUUCAGUUUUUAAAUCUGAAGAACGUGAUGCCAGCCUCACAGUACUUGAGGAUCGCUUCUACUCUGAACUAGAAUUGGUCCAUGGGGCUGAAACUUACGGACAUAACACGUCCUUGAAAGAACCAGUAAUGUGCACUUUUAGUUGUUUUCUCAGGAUGCAUGACACUUGUGUUAAUUUUAUAACUUCUAGUAAUCCAAGGUGAUGACCUUGGCUAUUCUUACAAAUGACUCCACCUGUUCAAGUUGUAGAAGACUCUUAGGUGAGUCAUGGUGAUGCCAAGUAACCAGGAAGAAAUGACCAAAAGAAACCGAAAAUCAGCCACAGAGCUUCAAUUUUAAAGACCUAAUUUCUUUGUGGCCAAGAUAAUUCUAGUUUUAACAAAACAUUUCUUGGGGUGAGUGCUUGAAGCUUUGAAUGAAUGAAUGAAUGAAUGAAUGAAUGAAUGAAUGACAUGUACUCUGUGGUAGCUUUCUAAAGUUUUAGCUCCACAUUUCAUUACUAAUCUGUUUUUCCCUCUAAUGUACAGAUGACUAGAAGGGGCUACCAUACACACUGGCUAAGAACUGGAAGCUUUUUUUUUUUUUUUUCUGAAGAAGGUGGCAAUUAGCUUCAGUCCCUGAAAGACUUUAAAUGUCAUCUAAACCAACCCUGACAGCCUCACCUCUGCUCUGCUCUCACAGUGACAGGGAGCUCACUACCUCCUGAGGAGGCAGCUCAUUUCGUCUUUGGAAAGCUCUUCUUUCCCCGUAAACCCCCUUGCACCACAUGGCACAACCCUGGUUGCUCCUUGUGCAGCAGCCCUUCAAGCCUUUGAAGGGGUUCAUGUCCCUUCUUAGAGAAUAAAGGUUCACGCUCAGUCAGGAAGUUUUUUGAUAAAGAACCAAAGAUUUGGAUCUUUAUUCCUCCCUAGCCUGCACGUGGGCUCUAGUCCGAUGAGCAUCUGCUUGAAGCAGUAGGUGUUGGUGUUCUGAUUUUAGAACCCCUGCAGGCGAGGAGGUGGGGCCCAGCGUUUCCAGCUCAGGCUGCAAAGGGAGACAUCUCAGAGGUGCUAUCUCUGGCAGGCACAGCCCGUCCCCUCAUUCCAGCAAAGGAAAUGCUCUAAUAAGAGAAUCAUUUUAAAGAGAAAACCAAAACGAUAUGCUUACACAAAGAUUCUAUUAUUUCAGACUUCACUGGUUUGCAUGUUAGUUGUUUCUAAGCGAGACUUGCCUGCUAAGCAUUGUGGGAAAUGAAUGGAUUAACUGUACAAUCUCCGAUUUUACUAAAAUGCAAAAAUGUACCCUUUUCAAUUUCUUGUUUUGUUUCUUUCAAUUAAUUAUAAACGAGCACUGGCUCAUACUUCA